UGCUGUACUUUGUGCUUUUUACAUAAAAAUACAUAACACAUGCUAGCACUCCAAUUAAAAGUCUAUGGAUAUAAAACACAAAACUAAGCACCACAGCAAAGGCCGUAGCAUCGUAUUGGAACGUCAGGAGCGCAUUUCUAUAGAAGAGCAGGGUAACGUCUUUAUUAAGAAUACACAAACGCAGGUGCGGGAACUUUUUCGUCACAAGCAGUGGCAUAGUCAAAGCACUCCUCGUGGACGUGACCAGGUGCCGACUGUAGAGCCAACAUCAUCGCUCAGCGACACUAAAAUCCUGCGCACCAGAUUGCAGGUGGACGCAUUGAACAAUAAAAUUGAAAAUGAAAUAGACCGAUUAAAGAAGUUUCGGGACUAUUUUGUUGACAAGGAGACAAAUAAAUCACGGAGAGCCAAGGAGGAAAACAAACUAGACUUUGGAAAGGCGCCGUCACCCAGCACCAUGACAUGGCGGCAAAGCCUAUCAGCAAAUCGAGGAACAGCUCUCAGCCAACUCACAGAUGACAGCUCCAUACAAUCAGACCGAAUACGUAAAUAUGCGCCAAGCUCGCCGCGUUUUCGCAGCAUAGGCAUGCGACAGCCUCAACACGAAAAUGUGGACUCCUCUGGGCGACGCGGAAAGCGUCUCACCACCAACAAAACUUCAAAUAAACAGCAGGAACACUCACGGCAUGUGAGUCGCACGAAGGAACGACGCUUCGCUGGUGGCUGCACCUUUGGCCAUAAUCCACAGCAGCCUGGCACGGUAUAUCAGGCAGAUUAUGGAUCUAGUGCGCCAUAUUUUUCCCUUUAUAGUGGACAGUGUCACUGCCAUCCAGCGCAGGCUCAACAGCAGCCUCCGCUACAAUUUUGUAGGUGUUGUGAAAUGUCUUCGCCAAACACAGGAUAUCAGUAUCCUGCAUAUCCACAACAACAACAGCAGCAGUCGACACCACAGGCAUCCGUUCGGAACCCCAGUCCAGCAUUCUGCUGUUGCAACCAUUCACCCCAUUCGCGCCGAGCAAGCGAUUUAAAUACCGAAGACUAUUGUCGUAAUUGGUACUCGGAAUUGUUUGCUGAACGAAAACCCUCCAGGACACGGGAUCGAACCCGGCAUUCCUCGGUUGGCUCAUCGUCUAAAAAUAGACGCUCAACGGAAAAGGAAAAAGAAGGAAGAAAAACAUCACCAGUGCGUCCAAAAUCCAAAUCGAAGUCGAAAGGUGAAUCUAUUGCCAAGUGUACAAUGAAUCAGCGUAUUGAAAAAAAGCUUAGAGAAAGUGGCAUAGCGGACGCUGAAUCUCUUGCCCAGUACAAGGUUCAGAGUCAUGAGAAGAUAAUGAAGGUAACCUUGCGAAAGGAGGACCAAGCAAAAACCAAGAAGGAGCCCAAGGAAUGUCCGCAACCACCAGAGAAAAUGCAAGUCCCAGUUACCGAAACUACUGUUCCUUGUGAUGAUCGAACCGACGAGGAAAAGCAACAAAUAUAUCAUGAGUAUAUGGAAAUGUAUAAAGCGGAGCAUGAAAGAUCUGCCAAUAAGGAUAUACAACAACAAUGCUUGGAACCAGAAAUAAGUCCGACUUAUACGAAACUAUCUCCAGAGACUAUCAAGACUCUUGAGAUAAAGCAAUUCAAAAGAACUUCCAAUUGUUAUUGUCAACCAGCCCCAUCCAGAAGGCAAUCCCAAAGCAGUAAAAGAGAACAGCGACCUGAUAAUGGAUAUGUUGAACAGCCCCUUCCGGCUAAUAAAUGCAUCGAUUCCAGCGGAGGGAAACAAUCAAAACCAUUUUCUGUUCAAGAGUGCUUUGCAGAGGAGGAAGCCCCAUUGGCGCCACAGCCAACUACGCCAACCAACUAUUUACAAGAUCAGUGUGGUAUUAAUGAUGAUAAGGACUCUGGAGGUCGUAGAGACCAGCGCUUUUCGCAAUUGCCAGAUGAUAGCACGGGAGCAAUUACAUCUGUAUGCCAUUCUUCAGCGAGGCGUGUAAUUUCAAUAAAGCGCCCCGAAAAGGAGGGAUCGCCUCUAGUAAAAUGCGAAACUGAACAGACUGAAAAGAAAUGUGUGCAUUACAUCUCGCGGGCCAGUGGUCCCGACUACAUAGACCUGGAAGCGGGCAACGCAUUUCCACCGCAGUCGUUGCCCCCCUAUUCAUCGUCAACACAGGCAACCCAAACGGUUUCAAUGAUUGCAGAGAUGCAGCCACCACCCCCCUUAUCGCCAACAUAUUCGCCUCCACGUUCUCCUCCAGCUAAUGCACAUGUCUAUCAAAAUCAACAAGCAACUAGACAAGACCAAGCGUGUAGCUGCGAUGAACAACAAGUACCACCAACAAGACAAUCGAGUCAAGCGUAUUCCUACCAAUCGUCACCAUCUCGUGAACAAAAGAGUCAAUGGCCCAGAAUAUCUUACGAUCUUGGAAACACACGGACCAACUUCUAUUGCCCUCAGGAAGUAUCCAAUACAUCUAAUACGCAGGAUUGGCAAACCGAGCGGCGACGUAGUGUACAACAAUCGAGGAAUCGCAUCCAGCUUAGUGCAGACCCAUCAUACAGCUCACAACUGGUAUCGCAAGAAUAUGAGUCGUUCCCGAGCUGCGAAUUGGACCAACCGCCGCCGGCACGAAACCUUCAAGAAUUUUGUGACCAACAGCUCCCGGACGAACCACCUAUUCGUGGUUCUCCAUGCUAUGCUCAGGCUAUACCAUCGACUGUUCAAACCGGCCAACGAAGGCGGCUGUCAACCCCACCUGCAGUGCCCCUGUAUGGUGAUCAGACUCAGGCAAUUAUUUCACAGCUAGAGCAAAAGCAGAAAUUGGCAGCUCAAGCACUACGAUCGUCCAGCCAAAUGCUAAGGGAAUGUGAGGUUCAGAAUCCACCAAUGAACCGUUACAGCUCGGCUUCUGCCUCCCAUCAACCAAAUGAGAGCUCGAGUCUUACCAAGAAGAGUGCCUAUGGGACUUCCACUGAAUGUGGCUUUAGUUACGAGAAACGUAAAGAUCCUGCUCAGACUAUAGAAAAGAAUCGGACCUAUCGCCGACAAAUGGAACAUAACAUCCGCACUCCUGACGAUGUCCAAUCACACUGCCAGUUUUAUGAGCCUACACCUUCGGCGAGUGAAGAUUAUAAGAGUUUCCGCGACAACGAUUACAUGAGUUAUGAAAGCAACACAGAUGCGUGUGCCCCGGCAUUACGUCAACGUCAGACCUGUGGUUCGCCCAUCUACCGAGAUGCUCAAGCCCCAUUGGUUGACCCUAGUUAUGCAGCACCAAAUGGGAAAUGUAACGAAGCAUACGCGGCCCUCCCGCACUGUGCAUCUGGUACGCCUAGAUCUCAGCACCAACUUAAAACGAACACCGACAGUGCCACCACCUAUUAUGAGGAAGCAAAGAGUAGCCCGUGCAUGAAUAUCUCACAGCAGCCGGACAUGGACGACAAUUUAGCCGAAGUCGAGGACUUGCAACCACCAUGUGGCCCAUGUCCAGUAUCGCCUUCUAGUAAACCCCCACGUUCUACAAUCUGUGAUAAGCGGAUACGCACCGUCAAGUUCCAGGAUGAGUCUUGCACACACGAGUCGAAAAAGGCUGUUGAGUGUUGUCGCAGCUUCAUCGAUUGGGAGCGUGCUCACAAAGACAGGCAGAUGAUGGGAGAUGACGUGCAGGAUGCAGGACAAACAGAUUAUACUGAUGAAGACGAAUGCACAGAGACUUACAGAUCAAGCAGCUCCCUCAAUACCGAUCUCACAUGCCAUGAGGAUGACUAUAACACCUGUGCUGAGCCGACAGCCAUACGUCAACAAAAGUAUGACCAACUGCCCCCUUUCGAUGCGUGUCCUUGCAUGUUCAACACCUAUUUACAUUUUGCGGCAAUGUGCACUAUGAAGGAUCGGGACGGGCACUUUUCGGAUGCUGAUGGAGAAUAAUUGAUAUCUUAUUACUAUUAUAUUUUAAUUUGGGUGUUUUAAAAAUUGUUGCUGUUAUGCUUUUUAUAAUAUAUAUUUUUUAAUUCGGCAAACUCGAAAA